AUGCUAUCCUACUUAAGAUUUUUUAGAUUCACUUCUUUUAGAACUGAUCCCUAUGUCCUCUUGGGCAUUAGCAAAGAUGCUUCAAUGGAAUAGAUUAAGAAGGCGUACAUUGAGAUGUGCAAGAAAUAUCACCCAGAUUUGAAUAGUGAGACAGAUGCGAAGGAGAAAUUUGCAGAAAUACAUUAGGCUUAUAAUCUAUUGAAGCAACGCAAGUUUUACGAAUAAGUGGAAUAGGAAUUCAAACAAAACUAUUAUACAGCACAUUCAGAGGAGGAAUGUUUCAAAUAAGUGUUUGGAUUCUAUUUCUAUGAGAAUCCAUAAGAAUAUUAUAAGCCUGAGAAUGCACAGAAGAGGGCUGAUUAUCAGGAGAUGCUGCGUAAAUACCAAUCUCAAAAUGGGAAACAAGGCUAGUCUAAUCAGCAAGUAGUUAAUGAUGUAAAGAUAAAUAGAAACUUUAAUUCUGAGAGUAUUUACAGUAACUAAUAUGUAUGCAAUCUAGGAUAUAGCGAUCAUAGUCUGCUUAAGGCAUUAAUGAUGUUCACAUUUGUUGUGUCAGUAACGAGUGCCUACAUUUUCUUCUAUAAGAGAUCGACUACUUAUGCUAAAAACACAAUUACAGACUCUCAAAUACUCCGAAUGAGAACGUUAUCUUUGAUCAGACAGCAGAAAGAAGCUGAAGAAAAAUAAUUAAAACUUUGA